GUUCCACUUUGUUUAUUCGUUUUUUUAUUCGAACUUUACACUUUAAAAAAGCACGAGACUGGUCUGUAUAAAGCUAUAAACACGACGGAAAUGUUACCUCUGUGUGUUUUAGUGAAACAUGAACCAUGAGGAACGACGCUGUACGGACUUUGUUUUGCUGGGUUUUGUUGGUGUUUGGAGGCAGAGUGAGUUGUGACAGUGUGGGUGUGAAUACUUUUAUUCUGGAUGGAACAUGGAGCUUGCACAACUCUAAUGGCUCCUUAUCACUGAAAGCACAAGUACCUGGCUGUGUUCAUACAGCUCUGCAACAACAGCAGCUCAUUCAGGAUCCCUAUUAUCGGUUUAAUGAUCUGGCCUACAGAUGGAUCUCUCUAGACAACUGGACUUACACAACUUCAUUCUCUGUGCCUGACAAUGUUAAAGCGAGUAAGAAAGCUGUUCUGGUAUUUGAAGGUGUGGACACAGUCUCUACUAUUUCACUAAAUGGAGUUGUUAUUGGAAAGACGGACAACAUGUUCCAGAGAUAUGAUUUUGAAGUGUCUGGAUUAUUUAAGGAUAUCAAUAUUCUGGAGGUGUGGCUUAUGUCAGCAGUGACCUAUGCAUCAGAGAGGCGUAAAACUCAUACAGCUUAUGCUGUGCCCCCAGAAUGCCCUCCAUCUGUACAGAAAGGAGAGUGUCAUGUAAACUUUGUUCGAAAGGCACAGAGCUCAUUCAGUUGGGAUUGGGGACCAUCUUUCCCAACACUCGGGGUCUGGAAGAGUGUUCGACUUGAAUUUUUUAACAACUCUAGGCUGAUCAGCUUCAGCACCAGUCCAAAAUAUGAUGCUGUCCAUUCAUGCUGGACUGUGAAAGUGGAGUUGUUUUUUGAUGUAACCCUAGCCUCAAAGGGUGUCGUCCGCUUGUCCAUUCCAAAAUUACAGUCCGAGGCAAAAUUUUCAAUUUCACUUGUACCAGGGCUGAGCAACACAUCACUUAUCCUCCAGAUCAACCAGAAUGUUACAGUUGAUCUGUGGUGGCCCUUCGGUCAUGGACAACAACCUCUCAAGCAACUGUUAAUAGAUGUCACCAUGGAUAGUGGAGAGAAAUUUCAGGCAGAUAGACUGAUUGGUUUCCGUACUGUGGAGUUGGUACAGGAACCCAUCCCUUCUUCUCCGGGCCUUAGUUUCUACUUUCGUAUCAAUGGGAAACCAAUCUUUCUUAAAGGCUCAAACUGGAUACCAGCACAUGCCUUCCAGGACCAGGCUACUGCAGUCAAUUUGACUCAACUGCUUGUGUCUGCACAAAUGGCAAACAUGAAUGUUUUGAGAGUGUGGGGAGGUGGAAUCUAUGAGCAAGAUGUCUUCUACAUCCUGUGUGAUCAGCUUGGCAUUAUGGUCUGGCAGGACUUUAUGUUUGCGUGCGCAUUAUAUCCUACCGAGCAGGAUUUUAUCAAGUCAGUCCGAGAGGAGGUCACUCAACAGGUGAGACGGCUUAAAUCACACCCAUCUGUGGUCAUCUGGAGCGGGAAUAAUGAGAAUGAAGCUGCCAUAGCGAGCAACUGGUUUUUCAUUCCCUCUGCUGAAAAGCCCCGCUAUGUAAAGGACUAUGUCAAUCUGUAUGUGGAGAAUAUUAAAGAGAUUGUAUCGCAGGAGGACAACACAAGACCUUUCUUGGUGUCUAGCCCAACCAAUGGAGUGGAGUCUGAGAAAGAAGGUUGGGUGGCCCAGAACCCCUAUGACCCUCAUUAUGGAGAUGUCCACUUCUAUAGCUACCUUAGUGACUGUUGGGACUGGAGGACAUUUCCCCGUGCACGCUUUGCUUCUGAGUAUGGCUUCCAGUCCUGGCCCUCACUGUCCACUCUCAGUAAGGUGUCAGUGGCCUCAGACUGGAAUUUCAACAGUGAGUUUUCAAAUCAUCGACAGCAUCAUGAGUUUGGAAACAUGCAGAUGCUUCUGCAAGCAGGUCUACAUUACAUUCUUCCUAACAACACUGAUCCAGUGCAGAAAUAUCAAGAUACUAUAUACAUCACCCAGGUGAUGCAGGCACAGUGCGUGAAGGCGCAGACAGAAUUCUAUCUGCGCAGCCGCAGUGACAUAGUUGAUGGUGAAGGUCACACCAUGGGUGCCCUCUACUGGCAACUGAACGACAUUUGGCAAGCACCCUCAUGGGCCUCAAUAGAGUUUGGUGGCAAGUGGAAGAUGCUUCAUUACUUGGCUGUCCGCUUCUUCAGUGCUCUCAUAUCAGUGGGGGUGGAGGAUGACGACAACUUGCUGAUAUAUGCUGUCUCUGACAGCCACAAAGAUCACACUCUGAAAACUACAGUAAAGUUGUAUCGUUGGAACAGCUUUACUCCGCAGUGUUCUCUGGAGUCUGAUCAGGCUGUGGUAAAAGCAGGUGGAGUUACCAAGGUGUUCCAGCAUCCCAUCUCCGUACUACUAAAGAAUUGUAAGAACUGCACGCGGCAGUCGUGUGUUGUCACGUUUAAACUCAGUAGCUCUGAAGAUGGUGUGGAAAGUCCUUCUAACGACCUGUUCCUCAUCUCACCACGAGAUGCUGAGGGCAUUCAGAAACCCAACAUCACGUUUACCUUGGAGGAUGCUGGGGGAAGGAUCAAGAUAAAUCUGCACUGCUUGUAUCCUGCGCUGUUUGUCUGGCUGGAUGUGGAAGACAUUUCUGGGGUAUUUGAUUCUAAUGGCUUCCUGAUGAUCUCUGAGGAGUACACUAUUUACUUCACCAAAUGGGAACCCAUCACUGUUAAGGACUUUAGUGCCAAACUGCACAUCACUUCCCUCAGGGAUAUCUACUAAGAGUGUGUGUGUGUGUGUGUGUGUGUGUGUGUGUGUGCGCGCAAAUGUGUACGUGUGGUGUGAAAAUGUGUAAAAGAGCAGGCAUGUAUUUUAUGGCUAUGUUGGGUGCAUUUACAAGUGUAAUCUGUAUCACCAUUGUUGUUUUAACAGUCUGAUAAAAAUACAUAGAAAACUGGACUUCCUUCCAGAAACAUGCUAUACUUGCACUACAUAACUCUAAAUCCAGUCAAUCUUUUUUUUAAAAACUAAAUAACUGUUAUAAUCUCACUGUUCAGCUUGGCAUUCUAAUAGGCACUUCAAUAAUCUUGAAAAUGUCAAUCAGAUGUGCAAAUUGUAACCUUGUCUGAAUUAAAACAUAUAUAACAUAGUAAUCAGGUUCUUUAGUGCCUGUACCCUGCAUCUGAUUUUCACAGAGAAUUGCAUCCCAGACCACACUUGGUGUACUCAAUGCAAUGCCAAACUGUUCUCUCACCAGUAGUGUCGUUGCUAUGUUUAUACUACUUAGUGUAGUACUAUGUAAUUGGAUGCAGACUAAGUCAUUGGGGAAAAAACAAGGACAGCAUUAUGUGCAAUAUGUCUUUUCUAAUAAUCUAAAAUAAAUACCAGUAAAGCGAAUUGAGAAUGGACUUGAGAGUUACAAGCUGAUAACCUAAGAAUGAUGAAACAAUGAAAAACACAUAAGCAUCACAUUUUUUUUCAUGUAAAUUAUAUUUUAACCUAUCAUUUUAUUAAUGUGAUUAGCUAGUCUGUUAAGUGAGCUUAACUUAUUAAGGACUAGUUAAUUUAAAACUAGUGAUGCUAUUACAUUUCCUACUGAUACAAUUAAGUUGACCAGACUGCUAUACUACUGUAGUUGAACAGAUGCAACCUAAAUAUUACCAAGUACAUGUGUUUUCCAGAAUUAUUUAGAUGUAUGUAUUUGUUUGACUUGGUAUACAAGUCAUCAUAAUGUACAAUAAGUAAAAGAGGGUUUUGUUGUUUUUGAAUGCC